AUGAUAUUUAAUAUGAUGUUCCCAGUGCCCUUCGUGGAGAUAUCCACCGUGGAACCCAAACGGCGCGUUCGCCGCAAUCUGGGCCUCAACUGCGACGACAAGAUGAACGAGCCGCUCUGCUGCCGCUACUCGCUCGACGUCGACUUCGAGGAGAUCGGCUUCGACUUCAUCAUCGCCCCCAAGAGGUACGACGCCCACAUGUGCGCCGGCGACUGCCCCUUCGUCACCCUCCAGAAGUACCCGCACACGCACCUCAUCAAGAUGUCGUCGCCGCAGAGCGCGCAGCCCUGCUGCGCGCCCAGGAAGAUGAGCGCCAUCUCCAUGUUGUAUUUCGACGAACAGUUGACGGUGGUGUACGGCUCGCUGCCGGGCAUGGUGGUGGACAGGUGCGGGUGUUCAUAAUAGUACCGGAGGGUAGGCCGAGGAGAGGGAGGGGAACUGAUUUUUAACGUCUCCCGGGUCAGGAAAGUCUGUUAAGUGUACGCGGUGCCACCUAGUGGUCGCAUCCGAACGUAAUUUUGUGACGGGUGACGCGGGGCUGACCGCCAUUGCGGGAGAACGGAAAGAGCGAGACGGAAACCGCAAGAGGAGGUCUUUAUGCCUUGAUCUUCACUUAAAAAUUCCGUCUUGGUAGGUUUACCAAGUUCUAAUGGCUGUGGUGUCGCCGAAAUUAAUAUUCCCAGUUUCUUAAAUAUUUUUUUAUAUCGCGCGAACGGAAGUUUUCAUUUUUCUCAACAACUUUUAUUAAAAAAGUUUUUCGAUAUCUCUUUCCGUUCAAAAGAUACAACAUGAUAUGUUUAGACACAAAGACAGGUUUGAUCAAGCCUGUUACUGAUUUAAAAACAUUAACAGACCUGAUCAAACCUAUGGUUUUCUCUAUACAUAUCAGUUUAUAUCUUUUUAACGGUAAAAGAGAUCAGAAAUCUUUUUUAAGAAAAGUCGUUGGGAAAACGAACGCUUUCCUAUGACACAAUGCGAGAUUGGGAAAACAAUUUCGAUGACGUCAUAUCCCUUAAGUUGAUGUACUUGCCAAAACAGAAUUUUAAGUCGAAUGCUUCUAUCAUCAAGCCGUAAAGAUCUCCUCUUGCGGUUUCCUAUUUGCUUUUUCCGUUUUACCGGUCAGUCAAUUUGUCACUCCGUACUUCUGCGUCAACAUUCCUCGAGAAGCCGUUAUAUCCCGCUCCUGAUGGCGCGCCGGACGCGUUGGAAGUCAGUUCCGCGGCACCUCCUGUCGUCUUUCUCGGGACUCAAGGGACUUCUAGGUUAAUAAAUUAUUUAUUGUUCGUGUUGAAGUAUACAUUGUGUCGUUCUAAAAAUCUAGUGCCACCCCUCGAAGAUAGCACAGGACUUCUAAAUAAAUUAUUUAUUCUCAACGUCUCAAGGACAAGUUGAUAUCCCGUAAAAGUUUGUGGAAUCUGCAGUGUGAUUGACGCGGCAUGGUUAACUAUUGGCGUUACGAGGGGCGGUGGAAAAGUCGCAAUCUUUCGUUUACGAGGGUACCUAAGUAUUUUCGCGAAUGCUAAGUGACUGAAAUCAUCAUCUGCGACGUCUUUGAACUAGUGCUUAAAAACAAUGAUUUUUCUUUUAUCACUUUUGAGAUUUUUCCAUCUGCCUUCGUACGUUAAAAAUCCUGAAAUGUGUGCCCCUUUUCACAGAUCGCCCUGUACAUAUUUCAUUGUAUCCUCAGUGUUGUGCCGUGGUUUUGAAAAUGUCUGUGUCCAAUUUUUGAAACUUCAGCAAAAUCCCCCCCACACCCUACUUAGUGUAUAUAUUUUGUAUAAAAAUAUGUGAUAUGUUUAGGUAUAAGAGUGAUUUUUAUAUUUAUUUUUGUAAAUUGAAUAGGAAUUAUUUCGGAAUCAGCGGCGGAACGGGGUGUAAUUUUUUCGAUUUCGCCCCGUUCCGAAGAUGAAAAAGUUUUGUGAGAGAAUUCUUUCAAUUCGGAUCUUUUGCACAAACGCGUAAAUAAAAUGCCAUUAUUUUGACAAGUGUAGAAGGAAUAAGUUGUUUUUUGUGAUAAUAUGCCUUAAUGAAAUUAUAUUUUUUGAUAAAAUUUUUCGGAAGGAGGUGAUAAAUUUUCUUUGAGGAUUAUUUUUAAGCGUUUCUGUUCCGUUCCAAGGGAAGGAUGUAAAAUAUUUUGUAAAUAUUGAGACUGUAAAAAAAUGUCUUAUAUUUUAUAAUGCCAUAGAUCUCGUUGAAAUGUCAAAUCAAAAUGUAUCGAUCUUUUGGUUUGUCUUAUUAAAUAAUUGUAUAGUUGUAAAUAGAGGCAAUGUUCAGUGAAUUUAAUUUAACUAAUAUUUAGUUCGAUUCAUUUUUAUUUUAUUACGGAUGUUGUCGAUUUUUCUAUGUGUGUUUUUGCUUUUUGUAUGUAAAAUAGAAAUGUAAUAUUAGAUUUUUGCUAAAUAAAACAAAAUAUUA